AUGCCUCAACACAAUUACGUUGAAGAAGCCGUUAAAACUUACGGCCGCAGAGAAGACUACGAAAUCAGAAAGGAAAAACGAGAACUAAGAUCAGCCAAACGCCUUUCCAAACUCUCUAAAGAACUCUUUGGUAUGAAGGCCAAGAUCUUCCAUGAAAAACGUCGCAAAGAGAAGAUUCAACUGAAGAAGGAGAAACUUCAAGCUGAGCGCAAGGAAAAGAAGGUGGCUCAAAACGUCGCAGCAGAAGGAGCUAUCCCAGCUUAUUUACUUGACCGGGAGAAGCAGGCAGCUAUCCAAGCCAUCACAACGCAACUCAAGGAGCAAAGACAGAACAAAGCUGGCAAGCACGUAGUGCCUCUGCCUCAAGUCCGAGGUGUAUCGGAGGCAGAAGCCUUUAAAGUCAUGAAGACCGGUAAGCGUAAGCAAAACCAAUGGAAGCGAGUUGUUACUAAGCCGUGCUUUGUUGGUGACGGAUUUACCCGUAAACCCCCUAAGUUUGAGCGGUUCAUUCGUCCUACUGGACUUCGAAUGAAAUCAGCUAAUAUCACGCACCCUGAGAUGAAGGCUACUUUCCUACUACCUAUUAUGGGUGUAAAAAAGAACCCUAACUCCCAACUUAUGACUACGCUUGGUUUAUUGACUAAAGGUACUAUCAUUGAGGUGAAUACAAGUGCACUCGGUAUGGUUUCAGAAUCCGGACGGAUUAUUUGGGGAAAGUAUGCCCAAAUAACUAACAACCCAGAAAACGACGGGUGUGUGAACGGCAUUCUACUCGUCUAA